AAGUGUCAUUUGGUUGAAAGCCACCGCUGGCGUUGAGUUAACGCCUUUAUUUGAAUUCAUUCACACAGUAUUAUAAUUCUAGGGUUUUUCGCUCUCGCGCUCUGCAACCUAAAACCCCCCAUUUUCAAAUCUCAGUUCUUCGUCUUCCAAUACAUCCAGGGCUGAGAGAGAGAAUGAGUACAGCAGUGCGAACCCCGAAAACUGGAAGACAAUCACUGUUCUUCCAGGAUUUAUCUACACCUAUUUCUUCCCGGAAAUCUGGGUCGAAAUUCAAUACACCAGGUCAGGCAGCAGCUGUUUCUGCUUUAUGGCGUGAGAAUUUUGCCAGUUCAGAUCUACCACCACCGCCUGUAUUUACCCUUGAAGAUCGAUCGGAUGUCUCUCCGGAAUCGGGGAUUCCUGACUAUAUUACUUCGCCAGAAAUCAAGUCGGACCCUAGAACGCCGGUGCUUAAUUCAGGAAGGGAAUUUUCAACACCUAAGAGUAAGUCUGAGGCAAGUACUUCAUAUGCACUUAUGGGUAAGCAGCAACAACAGAGUAAACAAAGCCCCUUGCCAAGUUUGACAUGGUGGUCACCUGCAAAGGGUAGUGGUAGUGCUGAGCAGGAUGACAAGGGUAAAGGUUCGCCAGUAGAAGGCGUCGUACAUCCUGGUGCUUUGAUAACCUUACCUCCACCAAGGGAAGUUGCAAGGCCAGAGAUCAGGAAGAACUCAAUCCCUGUGGGAAACCUUAAUGAGGAAGAAUGGGUCACAGUUUAUGGGUUUUCCCCAAUUGACACCAAUUCAGUUUUACGGGAAUUUGAGAAAUGUGGUGUCAUUUUGAAACACAUUCUGGGCCCCCGAGAUGCUAAUUGGAUGCACAUUCUCUAUCAGAAUCGUGCUGAUGCUCAAAAAGCUCUUAACAAGAACGGUAUGCAGAUAAAUGGAGUUCUUAUGAUUGGGGUUAAACCAGUGGAUCCAACACAACGUCAGGCACUGGAUGAUAGGCUCAACAAGCAGGGAUUUAUACCUUUGCCGCAUGCUCCAACCAGUAAAAGCAAUGAACCGACUCCGUUUAGAACCUCCUCUCAACCUUGUUAUCUCCAAAAUGGCAGCAAUAGUGCAAAGCAAUCAUCUGGAUCUGUUGCCACCCCAGCGAGAUCCGUUGUGUCUAAAAUUGUCGACUUAAUGUUUGGUGUCUAAUCUUCCAUGCUUCGUUUUGUUCUUACUCCCAUGCUUUUGUGUUAUUUCUACUCAAUGAUGUCAAAUAUCAAAGUUGAUUCAUCCGAAUGCAUAUUGAUUCCAAACAACAGUUGAGUCAUGAGUCUGUGAUUUGUACUCCCUUCCCUCCUUUGUCUUCUCUGUUUCUCCUCUGAAUGCUUGUUCAUGGUGUAUUUGUAUCGAUGUGAACAAAGAUUAAUCCCGUCAUAUUUUGGGGAAAAAACGAUGUUGUAAUGCAGAUAUAGAGAAAUUUACAUUUCCUUUGCAUCUUUCUGUCA